AUAACUAGUGUAUAAACCUACACGAUCUAGUGAAUUAUUUUCAGCUUUCUGUUUCAAUCUUAUGAAGUUGCGAAGCUAAUGCUGAAAGAUUAUUUAGUUUAUAAUUAAACAAACGCAUUUUAUCAGUCUUAAGAAAAAAAGUAUAUUAUUGCACUCAUAAAUAAGAUCGAGAAUGGCUAACAAUGAAGACAGGAGUGAAGGAUCAGUUGAAAUGGAACAAGAUGAUGAUGCGGAGACCGAAGAGACAGAAAAGAUUCUCAUUAUAGAUCCUGAUAGCGAAGAAUUAGACUUCAAUCAUUCAAGGCUUACAAAAUUAGAGAAUUUGGAGCCAUUGACAAAAACACGAAAAUUAUGUUUUACAUGGAAUUUAAUUAAGAAGAUUGAAAACCUUGAUACUCUCUCUACUUUGGUUGAAUUAGAGCUUAGAGAUAACCAAAUUACUAUAAUAGAAAAUUUAGAUGCUCUUGUAAAUCUUGAGCUUUUGGAUCUUUCUUUUAAUCGUAUAAAAAAAAUUGAAGGAUUAAAUAAUUUAUUGAAUUUACGUAAAUUAUUCUUAUCGUCAAAUAAAAUUAUAUAUAUUGAAAAUCUUGCACAUUUAAAAAAUCUUACCACCCUGGAAUUAGGUGAUAAUAAAAUACGAGAGAUUGUAAACUUAGAUGAUUUAACAAAUUUAAUAAAUUUAUUUCUCGGCAAAAAUAAAAUAUCUAAAAUACAAAAUCUGGAAAGCUUACAAAGUCUCCAAUUGUUAAGUCUACAAAGUAAUCGUAUAACAAAAAUUGAAAAUUUAGGAGAAUUAACAAAGUUGGAUCAAUUAUAUUUAUCCGAAAAUGGAAUAAUAUGUAUAGAAGGCUUAGAAAAUUGUCCAAAUUUGACAACUUUGGACCUGACAAACAAUAAAAUUAAAAAAAUAGAGAAUAUUCAACAUCUUCAAAAUUUAGAGGAAUUUUGGGUGAAUAAUAAUGAGAUCGAAGACUGGGUAACUGUGGAGAGUUUAGUAGCUAACAAAAAGUUACAAACUGUGUAUUUAGAAAAAAAUCCUGUUUCAAAAGAUUCAAAUUAUAGACGAAAAAUUAAAUUAUUAUUACCUUGGCUCGUACAGCUAGAUGCAACACUUUGUAGAUAAAAAGUGUCAAGUGUUAUAGAAGGAAAAUAACAAAAAGAUAAAUAACGUUAAUGUCACAAAUAUUCACUUAAUGAUCUUGCACUUUUUGCUUUAAUAUUUUUUUAGAAGAUAAUUAAUCUCCAAAAAUAAAAAGUAAUAAAUGUGAUAUUAUUGAAAUCAUAAAAAUAUUCAUAUCUUUUAGCUUUAUAUAAAAUCUUAUUACAAGUAAUAUUUCUUUUAUAUGAUAUAUAAGUAAACUUUCAUAUAUUUUUAUGGUUAACCUCAUAAAAUGAUUCCAUAAAUAUAUGUAAUGAGUAAAUAAUAUAUGUAACACUUAAAUGUAACUCUUUAUUUGAUGUUUAAAGUAAAUUCUUUGAUUAUUUUUAUCGAUAGUAUACCCUACAUAUAAAUAUAUUGUUACUUUUAUUAAUAACACA